CAGGAGCGUGUCCGCGGGACGCGACAUUUGUUCUGACGGAGUUUUACGUCUUUAUGAACGGCAGUUAGCAUGAGUUAGCCACCUAGCCGGCUAGCCAGUUCACUGUGGAUUGGUGCUGCUAACGUCACCUGGUGGCUGCUAAAGAACGGCGCGUUCACGGUGCAAAGCAGGUGAACAGGUGAACAGUCUUUCGGAGGCGGUUGCCAUGGAGCCGGCCUGGCGACAGCAGGGCAGGGGGCGUGGCCGGGGUCAGGGGGGUCAAGGUGAAAGGUCACGACCUCCGCAGAAGGACAGAGAGAGACCGGGAGCACCGGCUGCACCCGCCCAUCCGGCCAGAGGAGGAGGCGGGAAAACAAGCGCUCCUGUUCGACCGGAACCUGAACAGAGCGCGUCCGUCCAAUCCAAGUUUGAGGAGAUCAGGAAGUCCAACCAGGCCGCCGCUCAGCGAUUGGUCCAGAGCCACUUUAGCUCCUCCUCCUCUGACGAUGAUGAUGACGACGACGACGGCGGCGGCGACGGAGAGACUGAGAUGAAGGACGGGAAGAGAGGGAAGAUCCUGGCGUCGACGUUCACCACCUACACCGACCAGACAGGCGGUGAUGUCAGCGGCCUGGUCAGGACGGGUCAGUAUGUCAGCGAUGUGUUUCAGUCCGGAGCUCUGACCUGUUUGAUCUGCAUCGCCUCGGUCAGGAGAGCCCAGCCGGUGUGGAGCUGUUGCAGCUGUUUCUCUCUCUUCCACAUCCCCUGCAUUCAGAAAUGGGCGAGGGACUCGGUCUUCCUCGUCUCCUCGGUCACUGAUGAAGACUUCGGUCAGAGGGAGCUGCCCUGGCCCUGUCCAAAGUGUCGGGCAGAAUAUCCUCCCAGCGCCACGCCCAACAGGUAUGUGUGUUACUGUGGGAAGCUGCAGGAUCCCCCAGACGACCCCUGGCUGGUUCCUCACUCGUGCGGCUCCAUCUGUCAGAAGGACCUCAAGCCGGCCUGCGGUCACACCUGUCUGCUGCUCUGCCACCCUGGUCCCUGUCCCCCCUGUCCAAAGAUGGUAUCAGUUUCCUGUAUGUGUGGCAAGGCCAAGCCCCUCCCCCGUCGCUGUAGCAACAAGGCCUGGUCGUGUCAGCAGCGAUGUGGCAAGAUGUUACCCUGCAAACAGCACACCUGUACACAACCCUGCCACGCAGGAGUGUGUGAUCCCUGUCCCAGAGUCAGUGUUCAGAAGUGUGUGUGUGGUCGGGAAGAGGCAGAGCGACCGUGUGCCAGUCCAGAGUGGCAGUGCCAACAGCUGUGUGGGUCUGUUCUGUCCUGUGGGAAUCACACCUGUGAGGUCAUGUGCCACGACGGCACCUGUCCUCCCUGCCCUCGCUCCACCAGCAGGACCUGUCCAUGUGGCAAGACCAAGUCGUCUCUGCCGUGCACGGAGGAGGUGCUGCCGUGUGGCGACACAUGCGAGCGCCCCCUGUCGUGUGGAAAACACACCUGCAGCAUGAGGUGUCACCGAGGGAGCUGUGAGACCUGCCGCCAGGAGGUGGAGAAGGAGUGCCGCUGUGGUAAAUACAGGAAGCUGAUGCCGUGCCAUAAGGAGUACCUGUGUGACUCCAAGUGUCCCAAGACCAGGAGCUGCCAGAGGCACCAGUGCAGGAGGAAGUGUUGCCCCAGUAACUGCCCCCCCUGCGACCAGAGCUGCGGCCGGACGCUGGGAUGUCGCAACCACAAGUGUCCGUCUGUCUGUCACCAAGGUUCCUGUUACCCCUGUCCAGAGACGGUGGAGGUCCGGUGUGUGUGUGGCUCCUCCGUCUUGGUCGUCCCGUGUGGGAGAGAGAGGAGCACCAAGCCCCCCCGCUGCAAGGAGCUCUGCAGAAGCCCCGCCUCCUGCCACCACCCCAGCAGGGAGCGUCACCGGUGCCACGCGGGGCCGUGCCCGCCCUGCCGGCAGCCCUGCCAGCAGCCGCUGCCCGGCUGCAGCCACCGCUGCCCUCAGGCCUGCCACGACCUGGUGCUGGUCCGCAGCCAGCAGGUGCAGCUGGCAGGGCCCUGGGAGCAGCCGUCUGAACCGGCGUUUGUGAAGAAAGCUCUGCCGUGUCCGCCGUGCCAAGUCCCCAUACCGACGUCGUGUUUUGGAGAACACGAGGUCAGCCCGGUGCCGUGUCACCGUCAGGGUCGCUUCUCCUGUCAGCGACCUUGUGGACGACCUUUGGCCUGCGGCAACCACACCUGCAGCAGGGAGUGUCACACCGUCGCCGACGGCAACCAGAACCAGUGUGAGGUGUGUGAGGAGGGCUGCGCUAAGCCCCGCCCCCCCGGCUGCCCCCACCCCUGCCCGCUCCCGUGUCACCGUGGCGACUGCCCGGCCUGCGGGCAAAUGAUCCGCCAGCGCUGCCACUGCAAGAUCAGCAUGCUCUAUGUGGAGUGCACGAAGUUGACAUCAGCUGAUGAUCACACAAAGAUGGAGCUCAGUUCCUGCCACAACCAGUGUCCCAAAGAGCUGAGCUGCGGUCAUCGCUGUAAGGAGUUGUGUCAUCCAGGAGUGUGUGAGGAGAAAUGUCAGCAGAGGGUGAAGGUCAGGUGUCCCUGCAAGAGGAUCAAGAAGGAGUUCCCGUGCUCUCGAUCCCGGGAGCAGCAGUGUGUGGUUGAGUGUGACGACGCCUGCAGAGACCAGCAGAGGAAAGCCAGUCAGCUGAAGGAGGCGGAGCAAAAAGCAGCUCAGGAGGAGGAGCAGAGGAAACUGCAGGAGGAGCUGGAGGCGUUCGAGAAGCGCCAGCGGGGCCGCAGGAACAAGAAGCGAGGGAGGAGGGAGGAGCAGGGGGGCGAGCAAGGCCAGGGGCGGGGCUGGAGACGGGGCCUGAUGUUCCUCCUGCUAGCAGGGGCGGGGGCGGGGCUAGCUGCCGCCGCCUACUUCCUGCUGGGCCCUGGGCCUUGACUGACACACACACACACACACACACACACACACACACACACACACACACACAGAGAGAGAGAACAGAGGUGCCUGUCUGUAUCUUCUGGUUCUGUUCGUUGUGUUCUGUCCCUGAUCUGAUCUGUCCUGACUGAAUCUGGUUUCUCUCUGUUCUGUCAGCCUGGUUGUUGUUAAAUGAUGUUAAAGACGGUGCCUGAUGCCACCAGAAAAACGAGCCCCAGCUGUUUGUGUCUUUAGACAACAGAUCAACAUACAAUUGCCAAAAAAAAAAAAAAAAAAAAAGAUGGAAAUACCUCCUUCUUUAAUUCAUUCUGUUCUGUUCUGUUCUGUUUUUAUGAUCUUUGAUGACCUUACGUGUCUUUCAUGGCGUUCUGCUCUGUUUGAUUCAGUUCUGUUUAGCUUCUGCUGUCAGACGGUGACGCUUCAUUCUGUUUUGUUGUUGUUUUGUUUUGUGGUGUUUCUCUGUUUCUUUUAGUGGGACAGCUCUGCUCUCUGUUCUCCACUCAGGCUGCGUCCACACAAAUUUUAUUUUCUCAAAACUUUUUCUUUUCGUGUCGGCCGUCUGUCGACUUUUGGAAACCUCCCGUUCAGCAGCUCGGGUUCAUGUGAGACGUUCGGCCUCGUUGGGACGUCCCGCUUCCUGUUCCUGUCAGCUUUGGGAUCGUUGUUGAGGCAUCUGGAAGCUGAUUGGCUCCUGCUUCCCUGCACGCGCUCACCUCCACGACACCGAUGUUUGUGUGUGUGUGUGUGUCGAGCAAAGAUGGACGUUUUCAUUAAGUGACUUUCAUUUUCAGAACAUCAGUGUGGGCGUGGCCUCAGCCUCUGUGAGUCUGACAGGAGGGACUGAAGGCGGCCACGCUGAUUUGACCUGUUUGUUGUUUAUUUGUUUGUUUGUUUGUUGAUGUUGACAGAUGAACCUGCUGUGAAGCAGGAUGAUUUGUGUUACGAACAAAAACUCCCCGCGAUAUGAACUUCAUCUCCAAAGGCUCUGCCGUGACCUUUGACCUCCUGAUGUUUGACCUUGAUGCGGUUUGAUCGAACGUGACGCCAAAAUAAAAUGUUGCCGUUUUGUGUUUCUGCAGAUUUAAAAAAAAAAAAAACGCUGAAAUGUUUAAAUGUUUCUGAGCCAAGAACACGUCUCAUAUCAACGUUGAGCCUCAGCCUUCAGCAGGUUCAGGUUACGAGAAGGUCACGGUUCACGUUAGGAAACGUUUGCUAACGGGCUGUAGCCAUCAGUCCAUCAGUCCCAGUGUCUCUGUCUUUUUUCUUACCUGCAAAAAUAACUUUUCAUACGGAGAUUUGGUAUCAACUCAACAAAUAUUCUGUGAAAGUCAAAAGUCGACCAUUUAAAACAAACAUAAAAAUACUUUAAAAUCCCUCUGAUGCAGUGUGUGUGUGUGUGACUUUGUAAGGUUUGCUGUGGGUUGAACGGUUAAGUUUUUUUUACAGCUUGGACGCGGGACUCGAACCCCCGAACGUCCAGCAGAAGCAAAGUCCCGUCAUCUUUGGUUUGCAAGAACAUAAAACGGCAAAAAAAAAAAAAUCCUGGUUGUAGAUUUUUUAUUUUUUCCUCCUGGAAGAAAACCAACCUAAAGAAUACGCCUUAGCGAUUUUCGUCCAAAACGAUUUUCGAUGUCUCCGGUUUGAUUCUUCGAUGCGUCACUUUUCAUCGUUUUUCUGUUUAUGUCUUUAAAACCAACCGGAUUGUUUCUGCUCCUGGAUCAGUUCAUUACGGUAGCUGACGUCUCGGCUAAAUCUAAAAAGAUGUUGAAGAUAUUGGUAAAUGCUUUUGUUCUGAAGAGACAAAGAUUUUAUUUAGGUGAUGAAAUGUAACUGAUUGAUGUUUAUUAUUUUUUUUUCUGUCUUUGUUUUUCAAGUAAUGGAGAGAAAUAAACUGUAAGACUGA